UGUGUCUGACUCAACGAUGUGCUCCGGUGGGAAAUACUGUGUGUUUCUGUUCUUGCUUGAAAGUAUCCUGUCGGACCCGGGAACCACGAACCAAGUGGUUCUGUUGGACACUACGACAGUGCUAGGAGAACUGGACUGGAAAACCUAUCCUGUCAAUGGGUGGGACGCUAUCACAGAGAUGGAUGAGCAGAACAGACCUAUUCACACCUUCCAGGUUUGCCACGUAAUGGAGCCAAAUCAGAACAACUGGCUACGGUCUGGAUGGAUCCAGCGGCAGGCUGCACAGAGGGUAUAUGUGGAGCUGCGUUUCACACUGAGAGACUGCAACUCCAUUCCUUGGGUGUCUGGUACCUGUAAGGAAACCUUCAACCUCUUUUACCUGCAGACAGAUGAACAGCUCCCUGCAGGGACACGGUUUCGGCCUACUGACUAUGCCAAGGUGGACACCAUAGCGGCAGAUGAGAGUUUUACACAGACAGAUCUUGGAGAUCGUGUUCUUCGCCUCAAUACUGAAGUCAGAGAGGUGGGACCGGUGACACAGCAGGGCUUCUACUUGGCCUUCCAGGAUGUUGGGGCUUGUAUUGCACUUGUGUCUGUCAAGGUGUUCUACAAGCGCUGCCCAUCGACUUUAAGGAACCUGGCAGCAUUUCCUGACACGGUGCCACAUAUGGACUCAUCCUCUCUGGUGGAAGUAAGGGGUGCAUGUGUGGAGAAUGCAGAAGAGAGGGACACACCCAAAUUGUACUGUGGUGCGGAUGGAGACUGGCUGGUACCACUGGGCCGCUGUGUCUGUAGUAUUGGCCACGAGGAGAUGGAUGGCUACUGCCGCGCAUGUAAGCCUGGCUUCUUCAAAGCAUACGCUGGGAACACUAAAUGCUCCAAGUGUCCUCCACAUAGCUCCAGCCAUGACCAGGCUGCCACCAUCUGUCACUGUGACAAAGGCUUCUACAGGGAUAUCAAAGACUCCUCCACCAUGGCUUGUACAAGGCCUCCUUCAGCUCCCAGGAACCUGGUCUCAUUGAUCAAUGACACGGCUCUCUUCCUGCAGUGGAUGCCUCCCAGUGAUACAGGAGGCAGGAAGGACAUCACUUACAACAUCCUGUGCCAGCGCUGUGAUGGAGGUGACGGUGACAGUGGUGUGACACAGUGUGAGCCAUGUGAGCCCGACCUGCGGUUUAUCCCACGGCCACUUGGUCUGACUGGUACCUCUGUGGCAAUACUAGAUUUUGCAAUGCACGCCAACUACACCUUCCACGUAGAGGCCGUGAAUGGUGUCUCUGGGCUGGGUGUGGCUGCACGCUCGCUGGCGAAUGUUACCGUCAAUACACACCAAGCUGGUCCUGCUCUGGUGGGUGUAGUCAGGAAAGACUGGGCCUCUCAAAACAGCAUCGCUCUCUCCUGGUCAGAAGUGGAACAGCCGCCUUCAGACAUAGUAGACUAUGAAGUCAAAUACCAUGAGAAGGAGCAAGAGCAGCUGAGCUACUCAUCGACACGGACCAAAACCCCCAGCGUGGUGGUAACAGGCCUCAGACCCUCGACUGUCUAUGUCUUCCACGUGCGUGCUCGCACUGCUGCUGGCUACACAGCGUACAGCCCCAACUUUGAGUUUGUUACUGCCGCUGAGGAUCCUGAUAUCGCUGAUCAGGGACAAGUUCUGGUGGUCGUCACAGCAUCUGUAGGAGGCUUCUCCCUGUUGGUCAUCCUUACCCUCUUUCUCCUCAUCACUGGCCGGUGUCAGGGGUACAUUAAAGCCAGGAUGAAGUCAGAGGAGAAGAGGAGAGCUCGCUUCCACAGUGGACAUGUCCCAUUCUCUGGGAUAAAGACCUAUGUGGAUCCAGACACAUAUGAAGACCCCACUCAGGCUGUGGAGGAAUUUGCCAAAGAGAUAGACCCCUCUUACAUUUGCAUCGAGAGGGUGAUAGGUGCAGGUGAAUUUGGAGAAGUCUGUAGUGGUCGUUUGCGUAUACCUGGAAGGAUGGACAUCGCUGUGGCAAUAAAGACACUUAAAGGUGGCUAUAUGGAACAACAGAGGCGAGACUUUUUGCGUGAGGCCUCAAUCAUGGGGCAGUUCAACAACCCCAACAUCAUCAGGCUGGAGGGAGUGGUCACCAACAGCAGACCAGUAAUGAUAGUGGUUGAGUACAUGGAAAAUGGAGCACUUGAUUCUUUCCUCCGGACACGUGAUGGUCAGUUCACUGUGCUCCAGCUGGUUGGCAUGAUGCGGGGCAUCGCAGUGGGCAUGACCUAUCUUUCAGAUAUGGGUUACGUUCACAGAGACCUCGCCGCUCGCAACAUCUUGGUGGAUGAAAACUUGGUGUGUAAGGUGUCAGAUUUUGGCAUGUCCAGAAUCCUUGAAGACGACACUGAAGCAGCCUACACCGCUACGUCUGUGUUUAUUGUUUUGUGUCAGGGGGGAAAGAUACCAAUACGCUGGACAGCACCAGAGGCGAUUGCUUAUGGAAAAUUUUCCUCAGCUAGUGAUGUAUGGAGCUACGGUAUUGUCAUGUGGGAAGUGAUGUCAUAUGGUGAGAGGCCCUACUGGGAGAUGUCAAAUCAAGAUGUCAUUUUAUCAAUUGAAGAAGGCUACCGUCUACCAGCACCAAUGGGCUGCCCUGUGACACUGCACCAGUUGAUGUUGCACUGCUGGCAGAAGGAGUCUAGCCAGCGCCCGCGCUUCAACAAUGUGCUCUCUUUCCUGGACAAACUCAUAAUCAAUCCCAGUAGUCUGCUCACUCUGGUGAAUGAUGUGCAGAGUUUCCCAGACUCCCCAGAGGACAUGCCAGACUACCCUCUUUUCAUCUCCAUCGGCGACUGGCUCGACUCCAUCAAAAUGAGCCAGUAUAAGAACAACUUCCUUGCAGCAGGAUACACAACACUCGAUUCUAUUUCAACCAUGAGCAUAGACGACAUCAGGCGUAUCGGGAUCUGUUUGAUUGGUCACCAGAGGAGAAUCAUAAGUAGUGUACAGUCUCUUCGCCUGCAGCUUCACCACAUCCAACAGAGUGGCUUUCAAGUGUGAGACCAUUGCACAAAGACAGACUCUGCGAGCACACUGUGCUUGAAGCAAACCAGAGUUCCUUGGCAUCGUCAUUCAACUAAUUGCACAAACACCGGUGUAGCAGGUACCACACGCUGCUCAAGUGACAGCGGUCCGCUGCUAGACCACACGUGGUCUGGUUAACACAUAGUCAUUAUAUAAUGGGUCAUUAUCAAUACAGCCUCCACAACAACCAA